UUGCGGAGCAUAUGUAGACCAACUGCUAUUUUUGCUUAUUUACAAAAGAAAUUACAAAUUCUGUUCCCUUUAUCAAAAGAAAACAUAGGGCAACAUUCUGACUGGGGUACUUUUGGUAUACUUGACAACGUCUAUCAAUGUUUUAAAUAUCUGACUCUUCGUAAACAUAAUUGGAAAUACUAUCAGUACUUAUCCGGUUCGGAUCUGCCGAUUCGUACAAAUCUCGAAAUGGUUCGCAUAAUGAAAGCGUUGAAUGGAUCGAUUAAUACGGAUGGAAUUCAUCCCCCCGUUCCCCUCUUCAAAUCAGCGAUGUCAGUGGCAAUGCCUAGAGCUGCUGCCAAUUAUAUAGUUAGAAGCACGAAAGUGAGAAGGCUUCUGAAGUAUCUCUCACAUACAUGGAUACCAGACGAGUCGUUUUGGACAUCAGUUGGCGGCAAUGCUGCAUGUGAGUUGCUUACGAAUUUCUGAAA